GUUCUUCUAGCCGUCACACGACGAGGUCAGUCAAGAUGAGGAAGCCGAGACUGUUCAGCCACGAUGCCAAGGGAAUCCUGCCGAGGAUGUCCUGGUCUCCGCAUAACCUCUACAACCUCAUCGCUCGAUCCACCGUCCCCUUCCACACGGCCGACACGUCGUUCCGAAAGACUGCCCUGACCAUGUACCAGCAGCGAUGGCGAUCGAAGCGCUUCCUGCGUGGCUACCACGGUGACCAUAUCCCCGAGAGGAGGUUCAAGCGCUGGUUUCUGCCCACGGAUCUUCCACGCAUCGAGGACCUAAAGCUGAACGGCGGAAGCAGCUCUUCGUCCCUGAAGAGCGGCGAGGUCAGCGGCGAAGAAAAGAUGCCAAUCGCAGGCCUUUUCUUGCGAGAUGUCGAGAGACGGCUCGAUGUCAUCGUCCAUCGGUGCUGCUUUGCAAGGAGCGCUCGGGAAGGCCGAGCCAUGGUGGUGCAAGGGAAAGUGCAGCUGAAUGGUGUCAAGACGACGGACCCAGGGACAUUGCUCAACCCUGGCGAUCUGGUCUCGGUGCUACCAUCAGCGGUGCCGAUGCUUAGCGCAGAGCUGGCUAAGCUUGCCGAUCAACGAAAGGCAGCGGCCAUGGCAACGGAGGGCGAGACUGCGUCCGAAGACAAGCCAGAGGAGACACCAGAAGAGGUAGCUGAGAUUGCACAGCAAGACGGACAAGAGCAAGAACCGGUCGAGCAAAAGGCAGAUGAAGGGUCAGAGGAGGGCAAGGAGGAGCUCGCUGCCGAGAGUGCAGAAGCGCAGUCGUCUGAGACUUCGGGCGAGGGCGAGGGCAAGGGCAAGGGCAAAGCAAAGGCGAGCGCCCCUGCCUCGGAGAAGAAGGAGGCCUCCCUGCCACCGGGCGUGCUCCCCUUCAAUCUGCCUCCCUAUGCCUCUCCGUUCCUCUUCAUUCCACCCUAUCUCGAGCCUUCAUUCCUGACAUGCUCGGCCAUCUACCUCCGCCACCCUACCAUCACACCUCUCCGGCGCAGGGACCGAUCUGGCGAAAAUGCUUCGACGAGCUACCGCACCGAUCUGCCCUCGCCUUACCCCGCCGGGGGAGAGCUCUUCUCGCUGGCCUGGGAGCACUACGCUCGCAAUGCACCGCGGAUCAGAUCCGACGUGCGGCGGCAAAGGGUCGAGGCACGGGUGGGAAGGCAAGGCAUGGAGAGCGCGCGACAAAAGGAUGAGUGGAGGAAGAGGAUGGCCGUCCGGAGGGGAUGGGACAAGAAGAGCGGCUCCAUUGUCGUGCUUCCCAACGGCGCCGAGACGAGAAUCGAAGCAUCGGCGCCCGCAGUGGGCAAGCGUGCGACGGGCAAAUCUUCCACCAGUGGCCGUUUUGUGGAAAAGGGCCAAGCCAAGGGUCACUCUUCUGCUAGCUUGUGAUCCUCUUCAUCAUGUUCACCACCACCACUUGUAAAAAUAAGAGACGCAAUGUCACAGGAUAGACAAGGC